AUGUUUAUAAUAUAAAUUUUAUAUAUUUUCUAUCUGGCAUUCUGCUAAGAGGAAGAGAAUCAAAAUUAAUAUUUAUCAUUAGGAAUUACUGUACAAGGGUAAUAAUAUUAAAAAAUAAAAAUUUUAGAUUUGUUUCGCCAAAAACAUAAAAUCAUCAUGUUUAUUUAUUUAUUGUACCUGAGAUAAAAAAGGGCACAGAUUUAAUAGUUUUACUUAAAACAUUAAAUCCUAAUUCAGAUCCAAACUUAUAUAUCUCAAAAAUUGUAUAAGAACCAUUAUCAGCAAAAGAUGCUGAUAUUAAAGCAUGUGAAGCCAAUGGAACGGGUAAAAUUUAUGAAUAUAAAAAGACAUCUGUGUUAUAAAUAGUCGAUUGAUAUAAUAAGAUGAUCUUCUUUAUAUUUCAGUAGUAUCUCGUUCUCCUAGCAGUUACUCAUUAAGAAUAGAAUUAGAUGUGGAAUAAAUUUUAUUGGUAGAUAGUUUUUUAUCAUUUAAAUUAAAUAAUGAAAAAUAAACAUAAAUCAUAGAUUUUGAACUAAAGGAAUUAUCUAAAGAAUAAACAUAAAUUGAACUAAAUUUUUAAGCGUUGAAUUAAGAUUAUUUAGAAGAACCUUUUCAAGUUUUUAUGAAUAAAUAUGAGAAUGGACCUCCUAGCAACAAUGAUUAUGAUUAUAAAGCCAUAGACACAUGGUAAAAUUCAAAAGUCAUUGAAUUCAAUUAAACUAAAGCUUUUGAAAAAUAUAUAAUUUUAAUCUAAGGAGAAUAAGGGGCAUUAUUUAGAGUAACUGCCACUAGAAGUCAAGCUUUGAAAACUUUGAAUUAUUAUGAAAAUAUCAUAUAAGUAGUUGAUAAAGGAGAGUAUGAUUUCUAUUUUAUAGAAAAUUCUGAAUGUGAUAUUGUAAAUAUAUAAUUAAUUUAUUUUAUUAGGGUAUUCGAUUAACUCCAUUUAAAGGUUAUGCUAAAUUGUUUGUUCAUUAUAAUACUCAACCACCUUUAUUAGAAAAUUAUGAAUGGCAAGAUGAUAAACAGGAAGGAUUUAUAUAUAUUUCUAAAUAAGAACUAAUGAAUAAAAAUUUAACCAUAAAUGGUUUAUACAUUACUGUUAUGGGUCAAGAUUUAUGCACUUAUCAAUUAUCAUCUACUUGUGAAUUCAAAAUGUAUAUUUAAUCUGGUGUUACUUAUUAUAAAGAUCUAGAAAAAUCUGAAAGAAUGAACCUUUGGAUACUUGAUAACCAAUACGUUAAUACUUAAAUAUUACUCAAUUUGCAUACUAUCAAAGGAAUCAUAAAUUUUCUUAUUACAAAUUGUGAUAAUAUCUCUAUGUGUCCUUUGAGUCCAGAAUUAUUUACUGAAUAAGAAAAAUAUGAAUAAAUCACCGAUUAUAUUAUGCUAUAUUCUAAUUACAAAUAAGAAGUAUAGUAUAUAUUAGAUUGCAAAGACUCAUGUAAUUUCUAUCUCAUCGCUUAUAUUGAUUCAAAUAGUAAAUAAGAUGGAAGAUUUUCUGUAUAAUAUCAAAUUAAUGAAAAGAUAAUGGAUUUAAUUUAAAAUACACCUCAUAAAUCAAUAGUAAUCAAAGAUUCAUAUAAAUUCUAUAAAUUUCUUGUGGCUGACAAAGAUUAGUUAUAAAUUUUGAAUUUUUUGGUUACAUCAAUACAAGGAGAUGUAACAAUGUAUUUAUCGACUAAAUAUCAAAAACCAAAUAAGGAAAAUUAUGAAUUUAAAUCUCAAAAUAAUUCAAUAAAUUUUGGAGGUAGACAUAGUAUCUAACCCUAAUCUGGAACUUAUUACUUAUCAAUUUAUGGAGAAUCCUAUUCAAAAUAUAUGAUAACAGUUUAGACAAUCAAGAUUUAGGAAGACCUCAAUUAACUUGGUAAAUAUCCUUGGCAUUAUAUUCAAUUGUAUCAAGGAGAUCCUCAAGAAUAUUAUUUACAAAAUGAUGAAUUUGUUUUGUAUAAGAUAGCUUUGUAGGGUUAUAAUCAAGCAUAAAAAGAUUCAAUCAAUGUUAUUUUAUAAAAAUCAUAUGGAUAAUUAUAAAUGUUUGGAUUUGAUCAUCCUGAAACAAAUGAAACCAAAGCAAGAUGGUAGAGUGGAUAAAUCAUCACUAUUUCUAUGAAUGAUCUUAAUUAUCCAGAAAUUUUAUAUUUGAAAAUAAGAUUAUCUGAAGUAGAGAACAAUUAUGCUAGUUUUAGAAUUGCCUAUUAUAAUUCUGAUUAAAUUAUUGACUUAAUGUUAGAUGAACCAUUUUUUAGUUUUUUGUCUGCAAAUUAGUAUUAAGGCUUUAGAUAUGAAUAUCAAUAAAAAGAGAAAUUUGCAAUCUCCAAAAGUUCUUAUGAAUUCGAUCAGACUUCCUUACCUAUUCAUUUCCAAAGUUCAUAUAAUUUAGAUGUGCGAUUUUCACAAAAUAAUAACACCUUUAUAGUGUAAUAAAAUCAAGAUAUUUAUUGUUCAUAAGAGACGAAAAUUUGUUCUGCAUAUUUUUAUUUUAGUAUUGGUAGUAAUUUCGAUUAGUUUUAUUCAAUAUUAAUCUCAAGAUUAGAUUAAUCUUAAAUUUAGCUUAAAGAAGAUCAGCCAAUUUUAAAAGCUUUGCCAACAAAAACAGGAGAGGAUUUCUUUUAUCUUUAUUCUUAUGGUUAGGAAGUAAAUGUGUUAGCAUACACUUAUUAUAGUGAAUUGACCAUAUAUGCUUCAAUAGUUUAAAGUUUAGAUUCGCCAUAUCCUAAUGAUAAAAAUUAUGAUUAGAUUUCAAAAAAGCAAAAAAUUCGUUCUUAGGCUACAAUUUACUUUUCUUAAAAAUACCUAUAAAAUAAAAAUUGUGUUGAUAAAUGCAUUAUAAAAUUAACAGUUUUAGUCACUGAUUAGUUUAUCACCUAUACUAAUGGCUAUCUAAAUGAUUACACUAUAUAGUUUAACUCAAAGUUGAUCCUACUUAGAGAGUCUGAAAUCUAAGAAGGAUUUUUAAAUACCGAUGAAUUUAAAUACUAUAAAAUUCAUGUUUCUAAAAAUGAUACAAAUCUCAUGAUUAUGCUUAAUCCAGAUUCCAAUUGUGAUGCUGAUCUUUUAAUUUCAAAAUCUUAAUAUCCAAAUCUUGGUGAAUAUGAUUGGGGAUCUUUUGAUUAUUAAAGUGAUGCAAUAAUCAUCGAACCUGGAAACAGUCUUCACCCUGAUUUACCUGGUGACUAUUUGUAUUAACUUUAUUUAAUAUCAUUAGUGUUGGAGUACAUGGUUUUUAGGAAUGUUAAUUUGUUAUUUAAUACAAUCUUGAUAAAUAUGAGGCUUAUGAUAUCUUCCAAAAUUAACCAUUUAAAUUGUAACAAUCUUAAAAUACAUUAGUUAUGUUCAGAAAGAUUACACCUUAUAUUUAAGAUUAAACCCUUAUUAAGAAACUCCAGCUUUUAUGAUCUUUGUUUAAUCACUUUCUGAAACAGCAUACUUUUAUGUAGACGAAUUAGAUAUUGCUUCAGCGAGAUUCAAUACAUUAAAGAAAAAUGUAGCUGAGUUCAAAUAUAACAAUUCUUAGUAGGGUUAUUAAAAGCAUUUUAAAACUGAUCCUUUAAAAUAAGACUAAGUCUUAAUUAUAGCACUUAGAACUUAUACUUCAGAGGUUGUUACAAUACAAGUUAGUAGUAAUGAGAAUGAAAUCUAUUUGGAAUCAUAAACCCUUUUCUAAUAUUUCCUAGAAUAAAAUUAAAGUGUUACAUUUAUUAUAAAUCCAUAUUUUGAUAGUAAUAUUACUUAACUUUAGAUUCAUUUGUAUAGUGGUUCAAUUUCUUGCGAUUACACUUAUGAUAAAUAUUAUGAAAAUGAAGAUUAUAGUACUUUACAUUUAAUAGAUAUUCAUGGGGAAAAUUAUGAAAAUUAUUACAAUAUUAGUAAUAAAAAAGAUUAUCCUAUAAAAAUAAAUUUCGAAGCCAUUUAUAACUCUCAUUUUAGCAUUUAAUAUUUUAAUGAAAAUGAGGAAAAUAAUUACAUUUAGUAAAUAUUUAACUUAAGCCUAGUUCAAUAUAUCCCUAGCAUGUAUUACUAUAAUCCUAUGCUGAAAAAGUAUUAUGGUUUAUAAAUGAUGAAUUUUCUAAAAUGUCAAGUAAUCUGACAACAUUUUCAAUAUCAAUUUAGAUUUAAGAAGAUAUGAAUCCUUUACUCUCUAAUCAAAAACAUAGAUCUUUACCAAUUUUAAAAGUCUAUAGCAAUACUUCACAACUUUAAAUAUAACCUAUUUAAUAAACAAUACUAUCUAAUUUGAUUUACAAUGAAUAUAUUUAGAUAGAUAAUUAAUAUAAAAUCGUCUUGUAAAAUUAACAGUAAUUUGAGCAAUACUAUUAAAUUUCGGUUGGAACUUCAGAUCUAAGACUUUUGUUACCAAAAUUAAAAUAAAUUGGAACAAAUAAAUUUCAUUAAAAUACAUACUGGGCUUUUUCACCUACAAAUAGAUACAUCUUUUAUGAAAUGUAAUUUUGUAAUGGAAUCUUUUCUGUUUUUACUGGAAGCUACUAUGAAUCCUUAUUAAAUGGUGAAUAUGAUUAAAAAAUAGAUAUUAGAUAAAAAUAGGUAUUUGGAUUUUUAGAAUAAAAAUCAUUUUAUGAUAUGAUAUUUUUUUAAUUUAGUUUUAUUAAGUAAAUCAAUAACAAGAUACCUUUUGCCUAAUAUACGAUUAGAGUUUAUCAAGUAGAUGAUUAAAAUGAUAUACCUUAUGAUGUUUUCUUCCCAGGAUCUCAGGGCUUUUUAACUUCUAAUAUUAUAGACGAUAAUGAUGAUAAUAUAUCUCUCUUUAUUGAAUUUAGCCCUUUAUUAUAGAGUAAAAAGGAUGAUUAAGAAAAAUUUGAAGUGAAAUAAAUAGAAUAUUUUGUAAUUUUACAAGAAGGAAGUGAAAAUGAUGAUGCAGAGAUUAAUUAUUGUUCAGAACCAUUCAAUUAAGAUAGAAUUGUUCAAAAUUUAAAUGAUAAUGAUACAUCAUUAGUUUUCAAUAUAACUUUUCCGAAAUUUAAAUGGCAAAAACAGAGAAAUUUUGUUUUUACUAUUUUAGCUACUGGUAAUUUAUGUAAUUUUAAAAUUAGUGGAUGUUAAUUUAUUUAGGGAUGAUUAGAGGAUCUCUUUAGAUUAUUAUUAUGAACCAUAACGUAUUAGAUGGAAUUCCAAAUAAAUAAUGUUAUAAGAGUAGGAUUCAUUUAAUUAUUAAUUGAUAGGAGUUUGCAUAGCAAUAAUUCUUUUGAUAUUCAUUAUAGUUGGAUUUUUGAGGAUAAAAAAAAAAUUGAUGAUGUAAUUAUAAAAGUUAUAAUAAGUUCAAAAUAUGAGAGUAAUGAGAUAAGAUUAUAACAGACAGAGGGAGUAGAAAUGCAUUAUAAUGGUUUAAAUCAAUGA